AUGGCCACGAGAUACGUCUUUGGAGCGAGGUAUCAUGCACGAGAUGCGUCCGGAGAAUUUCUGAAGCGUCCGACGAGUUUUCCGACGAGUUGCAAGUUUCCGGCGAUGAAAUCUGAAGUCGGGCUGACGGAAAGAUUAUGCAGGUUUCUUGGUGAAUGGGAUGGAGCCGCUGAGGUCAUCAAGGAAGAGGUAUUUGAAGAAAUCAUAAAGGGUGAAAGAGCAAAGAAAAAAGAUCUGAUUCAGCGUCAACAACAAGUUGUAACCAACGUUGCCACUGUUUUAUCCAUACCCAGAGAAUCUGCAUGCAUGCUGUUGGUUUUCUAUAACUGGAGUGUUGCUAAUGUUUAUGAAGCUUGGUUUCAUGAUGAAAAGAAAACCCGAAAGCGUAUCGGGUUGUUAUACGAUCCGGGUGUUAAGUUACAUAAUAAACCAGAUGAAAGAUUUGUUGUUGAAUGCGGGAUUUGUUUUGAGUUGGUUCGGGUGAGUGAAACGGCGUCGUGUGGGUGUGAUCAUAGGUUUUGUAAGGUGUGUUGGAAGGGGUAUGUGGGUAUGGCGGUUGUUAACGGGCGGGGGUGUUUGAGUUUGAGGUGUCCGGAGUUCGGUUGUGAGGCUGCGGUUGGGCCGGGUAUGGUUAAUGAGUUGGUUGAUGAGACGGAGAGGAAACGGUACGAGGGUUAUGUGUUUAGGACAUAUGUUGAGAGUAGUAAGAGGAUGAAAUGGUGUCCUGGGCCGGGGUGUGGUUGUGCGGUUUUGUUCGAGGAUGAUUUUGAGACGGUUGGGUAUGAUGUGGUUUGUGUUUGUAAGCAGGGGUUUUGUUGGAAGUGUAUGGAGGAUGCGCAUCGUCCAUUGGCGUGUGAGACGGUGGAGAAAUGGGUGAUGAAGAAUACGAAUGAGGCGGAGAGUACGAAUUGGAUAUUUGCUUAUACGAAGCCUUGUCCGAAGUGUAAGCGAGCGAUUGAGAAGAAUAAUGGGUGUAUGCAUAUGACUUGCAGCCCGCCUUGUGGAUAUCAGUUUUGUUGGUUAUGUCUUGGCCCGUAUAUGGGACAUGACGGCGUAGCUUGUAAUCAGUUUAAGAAAAAAGAGGGUCGUCGUGUUGAAGAAGUUGAACAACAAAAGGAGGCGGCGAGGAAAGCGAUUGAGAGGUACACGCAUUACUAUGAACGAUGGGCUGCGAACGAGCGGUCGAGGAAACAGGCCCGUUUAAGCUUGGAUAAGAUUGAAACUGUUUAUCUAAAUAAACUUAGUUUGAGUUACUGUCAACCAGAGAUGCAGCUGCGGUUUAUUAUAGAUGCUUGGCUGCAGAUAGUCGAAUGCAGGCGCGUGCUGAAAUGGACAUAUGUGUAUGGAUAUUACAUACCCGAAAUAGAACAUGCGAAAAGAUUGUUUUUCGAGUAUGUGCAGGGUGAAGCAGAAGUCGGGUUAGAACGGCUUCAUGGUUGUGCAGAGAAGGAACUGCAAACUUACAUUGAAAAUGGAGAAGUCACUGAGGAAGAGUUCAAUAGUUUUAGGGUGAAGUUAACUGGUUUGACUAGUGUGACUCGGACCUAUUUUGAGAAUUUGGUUAGGGCACUAGAGAAUGGUCUGUCAGAGGUUGAUUCUCAUGAGCAUGGUGGCUCUAGUAGAGUGCGAAGGAGGUCUGGUCAGGGUGGUGAAUCAUCAAACCGAGCGUCUGAUUAUGCAAAGAGAAUGAGGAGGCCGGAUGAUGAGAAAUGAGAACCCUACGGCUGGCAGUGGCGGAUCCAGAAUUUUUUUUAGUGGGUUCGUUUUGAUAUAUUCUCACUAAUUUUUUCCAUAUCAUACAAUCCUUUCACUAAUUCUUUUCACAAAAUAGGGCUGGAUCCGCCACUGGCGGCUGGUGAGUUAUCGAGCAGUGAUCAGUUGGGUGAUUAAGAAAGAUGAAGGUGUUUUGUUUUGGUUAUGUUGUGAACAUGAAUGGUUUGCAGGG